AACUGGGCCCACAUCUGUUGUCCCCAGGCUCCUCGCACGCCUCCGACGCUCCGACACCUCGCUCUCUCGCCUAGUCGCCUCUCCGGAGCUGCGCCGCAAACCCAGGGAAGAUGGCGACUGCCAGCGACGGAGACAAGGAGUCGGCGGCCCCGGCGUCGCCCCCGCCGCAGCUGGAGUCGUUUCUUUCCAUCGGACUCGACCAGCGCACGGCGGAGAACGCCCUCGCUAACCGCAAGGUCACCGCCAACCUCACCGCCGUCAUCGCUGAGGCUGGUGUUACUAGGUGCGACAAAUCUGUGGGGAAUCUCCUUUACACUGUCGCGACGAAAUAUCCCACGAAUGCGCUAGUCCACCGCCCUGAUCUCAUUAAGUACAUUCUGUCAGAAAAGAUAAAAAACUCUGCACAACUGGAUGCUGCCUUGACGUUUCUUUCUACAUUGGGUCCUGAUUCUUUGGAUUCAGUGAAGUUUGAAGAGGCUUGUGGUGUCGGAGUGGUUGUUUUGUUUGAAGAGAUUCAGUCAACAGUCACGGAUGUUUUAAAUGAAAAUAUGGAAGCCAUAGUAGAGCAGCGAUACCGUAUAAAUGUUGGCAGCUUAUGUGGACAAGUUAGGAAGAGGCAUCCCUGGGGUGAUGCUAAGUCAAUCAAGGAGGAAAUUGAGAAAAGGCUUGUGGAAAUUUUAGGUCCAAAAACAGAAGAAGAUAAUGCUAAACCAAUGAAAAAGAAGAAGGAGAAGCCUGUUAAAGUCGAGGAAGAGAAGACUGCAGUAGCAGUUGCUACUCCUGAGGAGGAAGUAAAUCCCUACUCCAUAUUUCCUCAGCCAGAGGAAAACUUGAAGGUCCAUACAGAAAUAUUUUUCAGUGAUGGAAAUAUAUGGAGAGCACACAACACAAAGAGCAUUUUAGAGAAACAUCUUGAAGCAACUGGUGGAAAAGUGAUGACACGCUUUCCCCCAGAACCCAAUGGAUACCUUCAUAUUGGUCAUGCCAAGGCUAUGUUCAUUGAUUUUGGGUUGGCUAAAGAGCGUAAUGGGCACUGUUACCUUAGGUUUGAUGAUACAAACCCUGAGGCCGAGAAGAAAGAAUACAUAGAUCAUAUUCAAGAAAUUGUCACAUGGAUAGGCUGGGAACCUUACAAAGUUACCUAUACGAGUGACUAUUUCCAAGAUUUGUAUGAACUUGCCAUUUGUUUGAUACAGAAGGGACUAGCCUAUGUCGAUCACCAGAGCCCAGAAGAAAUUAAGGAGUAUAGAGAAAAGAAGAUGAAUAGUCCAUGGAGAGAGAGGCCCUUUGAAGAGUCACUGAAGUUAUUUGAAGAUAUGAGACGCGGGUUGAUUGCUGAGGGAAAGGCUACUCUCCGGAUGAAGCAGGACAUGCAGAAUGACAACAAGAACAUGGCUGACUUCAUAGCUUAUAGAAUAAAGUUUACACCUCAUCCACAUGCUGGAGACAAGUGGUUCAUUUACCCAAGCUAUGACUAUGCUCAUUGUUUGGUAGAUUCUCUUGAGAACAUUACACACUCGUUAUGCUCACUAGAAUUUGGCAUACGUCGUCCGUCAUACUACUGGCUGCUUGCAGCCUUGGGCCAGUAUCAGCCAUAUGUAUGGGAAUAUUCAAGGCUAAACAUAACAAACAAUGUUAUGUCCAAAAGAAAGCUGAAUCAACUCGUCACGGACAAGUGGGUAGAUGGGUGGGAUGAUCCUCGACUUUUGACGCUAGCAGGCCUACGGAGGAGAGGAAUAUCAGCAGCAGCUAUUAAUUCAUUCAUUCGUGGAAUGGGAAUAACAAGAAGUGACAAUAGCUUGAUACGCAUCGAACGCCUUGAAUACCAUAUUAGAGAAGAACUUAACAAUGUUUGCCCUCGAGCUUUGGUUGUUUUGCAUCCUCUAAAGGUUGUUAUAACUAAUUUGGAUUAUGGAAUGGUUAUUAACCUUGAUGCCAAAAUGUGGCCUAAUGCUCCUGACAGUGAUGGGUCAGCCCACUAUAAGGUUCCAUUCUCAAGAAUCAUCUACAUUGAGAAAUCUGAUUUCCGUCUGAAGGAUUCAAAAGAUUUCUAUGGGCUUGCUCCUGGUAAAUCAGUAUUGCUGAGACAUGCAUUCCCAAUAAAAUGUAUGGAAGUUAUCUAUGGAGACAAUGCAGAUAGUAUUGUUGAAAUCCGAGCCGUGUAUGAUGCUUCAAAGGCUACAAAACCGAAGGGUGUCCUGCAUUGGGUUGCUGAGCCUUCUCCUGGGGUUGAACCACUCAAAGUUGAAGUCAGAUUGUUUGAGAAAUUGUUUCUUUCAGAAAAUCCUGCAGAACUUGACGACUGGCUGGGUGAUCUCAACCCACAGUCGAAGGAGGUGAUAAAGGGAGCAUAUGCUGUACCUUCACUUGCAAGUGCCGUACUGGGGGACAAAUUCCAGUUUGAACGCCUUGGAUACUUUGCUGUGGAUUCAGACUCGACGCCCGAGGAACUGGUGUUCAACAGAACUGUUACCCUUAAGGACUCCUAUGGAAAGGCUGGACCUAAGUGAUCUCACUUUGUUAAAGCGAGUUGCUCACAGUUUGUCAGAGAUUUGGUGGAAUACUGAUAGUGUUUCUAAAGAGUUGUAGGACAAUGGUCUUAGACCGGUCUCAAUGGAGUUUCAUUAAAAUUUCAUGCACAUUAAAUAUGUUAAUGUUGCAUUGUAUUAAUGAAGAGAGAGAUGAUAAGAGUUUCAUGGAAGCAGAGAGAGUUUUAUCAUCAUAAAACUUUUUUGCACUGUUUCCAAAAUAUGGAUGUGU